GCCCGUGCAGAGCUCGAGGGCUGGGGUCUGAUGGGCCACCUGUGGUGCAAUCAGCCACUUGCAACUACUUCCUCCAAAGCAGUGGGAACAGGAAGCACUGUGCCCUCACCGCCGUCGGGGCUCGCGGGCCGUCUUCGCCGCGCGACAGCCCAGCCCGGUAAAGAGCGGAGCCCCCUCCUUGCCCAGCCGGGACACCCCACCGAGGUCGCCAGGGCAUCAGCGAGGACAUGCUGCCCCAGCACUUGCCGCUCUUCACCCUGGUGGGUCUGCUCGCCCUCUGGUCCGCCCUCGGCCAGAAGUGUACCAAGUUCAAGGUCAGCAACUGCCGGGACUGCGUGGAGUCGGGUCCCGGCUGUGCCUGGUGCCAGAAGCUGAACUUCACCGGGCUGGGGGAGCCAGACUCCGUUCGCUGCGACACCCGGGAGCAGCUGCUAUUGAAGGGAUGUGCAGCUGACGACAUCGUAGACCCCAGGAGCCUGGCCGAGACCCACGACGACCAGGAGGGCGUCCAGAAGCAGCUGUCCCCACAGAAAGUGACAGUCUACCUGAGACCAGGUCAGGCGGCUGCCUUCAACGUGACCUUCCGGCGGGCCAAGGGCUACCCCAUCGACCUGUACUACCUGAUGGACCUCUCCUACUCCAUGCUGGACGACCUCAUCAACGUCAAGAAGCUGGGGGGUGAUCUGCUCCGGGCUCUCAACGAAAUCACCGAGUCGGGCCGCAUCGGCUUCGGGUCCUUCGUGGACAAGACGGUGCUCCCCUUCGUGAACACGCACCCCGAGAAGCUGAAGAACCCGUGCCCCAACAAAGAGAAGGAGUGCCAGGCGCCGUUCGCCUUCAGGCACGUGCUGAAGCUCACCAACAACUCCCACCAGUUCCAGACGGAGGUGGGGAAGCAGCUCAUUUCCGGAAACCUGGACGCCCCCGAGGGCGGUCUGGACGCCAUGAUGCAGGUCGCCGCUUGCCCGGAGGAAAUCGGCUGGCGCAACGUCACUCGGCUGCUGGUGUUCGCUACAGACGACGGCUUCCACUUUGCGGGUGACGGGAAGCUGGGCGCCAUCCUGACCCCCAAUGACGGCCGCUGUCACCUGGAGGACAACAUGUACAAAAGGAGCAAUGAAUUUGACUACCCGUCGGUGGGCCAGCUGGCUCACAAACUGGCUGAAAGUAACAUCCAGCCCAUCUUCGCCGUGACCAAGAGAAUGGUGAAAACCUAUGAGAAACUCACCGAGGUCAUCCCCAAGUCAGCGGUGGGGGAGCUGUCGGAGGAUUCCAGCAACGUGGUGCAGCUCAUUAAGAACGCCUACAAUAAACUCUCCUCCAGGGUCUUUCUGGACCACAACACUGUCCCCAACACCCUGAAAGUCACCUAUGACUCCUUCUGCAGUAAUGGAGUAUCACAGGUGGACCAGCCCAGAGGGGACUGUGACGGAGUCCAGAUCAACGUCCCGAUCACCUUCCAGGUGAAGGUCAUGGCCACAGAGUGCAUCCAUGAGCAGUCCUUUGUCAUCCGGGCCCUGGGCUUCACGGACACGGUGACCGUUCACGUCCUUCCCCAGUGCGAGUGCCAGUGCAGGGACAUGAGCCAGAACCGCAGCCUCUGUGGUGACAGGGGCUCCAUGGAGUGUGGCAUCUGCAGGUGCGACGCCGGCUACAUCGGGAAGAACUGUGAAUGCCAGACGCAGGGCCGGAGCAGUCAGGAGCUGGAGGGCAGCUGCCGGAGGGACAACAACUCCCUCAUCUGCUCGGGGCUGGGGGACUGCCUGUGCGGGCAGUGCGUGUGCCACCAGAGCGACAUCCCCAACAAGAGUAUCUUCGGGCGCUUCUGCGAGUGCGACAACGUCAACUGCGAGCGCUAUGAUGGCCUGGUCUGCGGGGGCAAGGAGCGGGGCACCUGUUCCUGCGGCAAGUGCUCCUGCAACCCGGGCUUCGAGGGCUCCGCGUGCCAGUGUGACAGGUCCACCCGGGGCUGCCUGAACCCCGACGGCUUUGAGUGCAACGGGCGCGGCCGCUGUGUCUGCAACGUGUGUGAGUGUGACACCGGCUACCAGCCGCCCCUGUGCCUGGAGUGCCUGGGCUGCCCGUCGCCCUGCGGCCGCUACUUGUUGUGCGCCCAGUGCCUGAAAUUUGACCCGAGCCACUCGGGGAGUAACUGUACCUCGGUGUGCGGGAAUGUGGGCCUGCUGAACAAGCCCCCGGAAAAGGGGCGCACGUGCAAGGAGCGGGACGUGGACGGCUGCUGGAUCACCUACACGCUGCGGCAGCGGGUUGGCAGGGACAGCUAUGACAUUUACGUGGAUGACAGCCGAGAGUGUGCGACGGGCCCCCAAGUUGCCCCCAUCGUGGGGGGCAUCGUGGCGGGGGUCGUCCUCAUCGGCAUCCUCCUGCUGGGCAUCUGGAAGGCUCUGACCCACGUGAGUGACCUCAGGGAGUACAGGCGAUUUGAGAAGGAGAAGCUCAAGUCCCAGUGGAACAAUGACAACCCCCUUUUCAAGAGCGCCACCACGACAGUCAUGAACCCAAAGUUUGCUGAGAGUUAAGAGCACUUGGUGAAGACAAUGGGGUCUGAACCGACCAGAUGGGACCCCCCCCGAAUCACAUCUCCUCCAUCGGGUCCUCCACGGACACAGCUUACGACGCUUGAACAUUUCACCCAUUAACCAAAAAUCCACUGUUUUUUUCUGCUCUCAGAACAAUAGAUAUGGCCAGGUGACAACAGGGACCCAUCAGAAGGAACAGCCUCCCCCUUCUGAUGUGUCUGACCUUUUCGGUAGAGACUGGAAGAAGGAAUUGCUUGGGUCUUUCAAGGUUAGGUACGUUUUCCCGCAUAAAAGAGUGGUGGGCUCAUUAAAGGCAGCACAAACUUAUUUAUAUUUGAACUUCUCAGGGUAUAAGGUUGCAUCCCAUUGACUAUACUGUUUUUCAGUCACGUGCGUAGAAACGACUAAUAAAACUUCAGAAGAGGCUA